GUUCAUCAAAAGUGUGCAAGGACAGCGGAUUAGGGUCUCAAUCACUUGAUACGAGAUUUGACUCUCGAUCAGUAGUCGACAACUCAUGAUGAAACACAUCCGAUCACGUCAACCUCGAAGGAAAAGAAAGGAUUGACUGUAAUCCACACGAUAAGACUCAUCUUCUCCAUUCCCAGAGUACUCGUACGCAGGCUUCGCCCCAGCCAUUCGCGCCGAUGACAAAGGGCCUUGAGGACGACCGAUUUUCUAGAAUGAAUAUAUCGUGCAAUGCAGACCGGCAAGAAACGAACACGGGAGGUUAAAGCCAAGACCAAAACGUUUUCAGGUUGCUGGACAUGUCGAGCGAGAAAGGUGAAAUGCGAUGCAAACAGACCAGAAUGCAAUCGAUGUCGGAAAGCAGAGCUAAAAUGCGAAGGGUACGGCCUGCGCUUGUACUGGAUUACGGAUGAAGACACCGUCGCACCCUCGGCCAUCAAGCGCCAGGCCAUGUCACUAGAAGGCCUCGAGACAUGGACCUUCCAGCUCGACGAGGUGGAUCAGCAACUACUUGACAUCGAGGCUCACGAAGACAACCACGAUGACCUGCCUUGUUUCUCUACUGGGCCCUUUGGCGUCUUUCCACUUCCAAGGAAACCCAGCGAUGAGCCACCGGGCGCAGGUUCGCAGCCCCAACAAGCUGAUUUGGACAGUACCAGACAGCAUGACGCUCCUCUGUUCGACCAGGAUGACACGACCCUAGAAGCACUGCGCGACAUCUUCUCUUCCGAAACGCUGGAAGAGCAUCCUCUCGUGGUGAGAGGUGGCUCGCCCGUCGAGAACUUCCCUUCUCGCUUCGACAUGGAGUCAGGUCUCCUACAAGAACCCAUCGUCCGGCGGCUCAUGGACAACUAUGUCAAUGUGUGUGCCAAAAUUCUUCCGCCAUUGCCACACCCCGAGAACCUUUACUCAACGAUAUAUGUCCCUCAGGCCAUGGCGGGUGCCUCGAGUCUGUUGCCCUACCUCGACCACGGCCCUACCGAAGUGCCGGCCAGUAAUGAAGCCAUUUUCUACGCGGUCUUGGCCACGUCGGCGUUCCAUCUCCGUAGGGACAAAGCCGAGAACGGUCUUGAGCUCGAUGUGCUCGCUCGAGGCUUCCGUGCAAAAGCGUUCGAGUCUCUUCAAAAGGCACUCCGAGAGCCGUUGGAGAUGGAGACAUUUGGAGCGGGCGGCGGCGGCGGCGGCGGCGAGGCGGCCACCACCACCACUCGCGACGUAUCAUCCUUUUCCGACGUCCAUCUCGAGGCCAUCCUUUCGGCGAUGUUGACACUCACGACCAUGGACGUCAUGGAAGGUUCCAUGUCGGAAUACUGGAUCCACCUCGGAGGCAUGGGUCGUCUCGCCAGAGAAUUGCAACGGGAAGAAGAGCAUGCCAGUCCCAGGAUCGCCCGCCUCAUCACCAUGUCUACCUUCCUCUCGACACUGGCGAGCACCACCUCACUGGAACUCGACGAGCUACCGUGGUCGUCGGCCGAGCAGCACUACUACGGUGACACGAGAGAAGUGAUGGUGGUGCGGGGGUACGACGUCUCCGGUCGAGAUUCCGGUCUGGAAUUCGCCUACGGCAUCACUCCCAGACUCGCCAAUCUCAUGCAUCACAUUGUCACUCUGGGUCAACACAUUUCGUAUUAUGUUUCCCGGUCCGACGCUUUUCCUCCUACCUUGAUCUCGGCUUGCAGAAGACUGUCCGAGGACAUUUCAUCUUGGUCGAUCGAAUCCGAACCGGUGGCCGAAGACAUCAUCGACCGUGACCCUUCGGGGACGGGGACGGACCUCACCCCUCAACUGGCCAAACACCACAUUUUUGCCUUUGCACGUGCACUCAGAGUGUAUUAUCACACUCGCAUCUUACCCUGUCGACCUUCGGAAAUGCAUUCUCACAUUUCCGAGGUCGCAAAACAUCUGGUCGAGAUUGAAGAAUUGAAACUCCGGGCGGGUUACGAUCACAACCUGUGCGCAACCAUCACUUGGCCGGGGUUUGUCGCGUCGUGUGAAGCCGAAAGAGGCCCUCACAGGGACGUUUGGUAUAAAUGGUGGACGGGGAUGCUUCAGUACGGGAUAGGUAACAUUACGGAGUUAUGGCAGGUGGUUCAAGAGGCAUGGGAAUUGAAGGACAACAACGACAACGACAACAUCAACAUGCACGGUGGUGGUGGUGGUGGUAUUGUCAAUGAAGUUCCUUCAUGGGUACCUGUUUUGCGUAAAAGAGGUCAACAUAUAUUAGCCGUUUGAUCAAUAAGUCUGUCACUGGUACAUAAACUUGUCUUAUUAUUUAUUACCUUACUUUUACCCUAUGUAGCUCACCUUGGGCUUGACCCGGGAGAUGGUCGAUACUCC